AUGUUGAGUGAUUUUGUAGCUGGUAUUGUUAGGCCUUACGGUGAUUACUAUGAAUAUAUUGUAAUAAUUGGUUGUAUUUUUGUUGCAUCUGCUACAAUUACUCUGAUUGUAUUUGGGGUUAUUAGAUAUAAGUUUCACCAAUAUCGGGCAUAUUUUAGUGAAAAAAAAAUUAGCAAGCAUAACAACAGAGAUUACGAAAAAUACAAACGUUACUUUGGUCAUAGUGGUAGCGGUAGAAAUGUUUUAGAUCCUAAUCCUGAUAGCUUGGAAAAAUAUAAAAUUUCUAAAGUGCGUGGCAAUUAUUAUGUUACUAAAAAAAUAAAUGAUACAAACAAUAAUACAGAAAAAGACACCCAAUCUAAAAAAACAAAGCAAUAUUUCUACCCUCUGCCUGUUGAUGAUUCUAUAUAUUUUAUUGAAUUUGAAUUGGAUGAGAAGAAAGAUACCGAUGAUAAUGGUGAUAUCAAAAUCGAUGUUGAUGAAAAGAAAGAAACGAAGAAAAGCAAAAAGGAUCAAAUCUGUGAUGGAAUCGAAAAUGUCACCAAAGAUUUAAAUACUGAUAAAAUCGUAUUUUACGAACUUGAAAAUGGAGAAAUUGGACAACAAGAUGGUCGCGGCGUCCCCAGUUUCAUUCCAACAGAAGACACCACAGAACCUCAAACAAUUGCAAAUGACGAAGAAAGAAUUACCACCGACACCAAACAUGCGAAGAAGGUCACUC